AAACAAAUAAAUAAAAAAAGAAAAAGGAAAAAAGAAAAAAGAAAGUUAGUUCAUCAAAACUUCCCUCCCUUUCCACACAGAGUUGAGUUAGAGCCCCCAAAAACCACCGCCGUCUCCCAUUUUCCAUCUCUAUAAAUACCCUCUUCCCCCAACCUUCCGCUUUCCGAUGCGCUCACUGUUCAUCUCCAAAUUCCCACCCAAUUCUCGAUUCCCAAUCCCAAUCGCCGUUUCCGCCGCCUUCCGAUCCCGAUCUCCGCCCUCCGCCACCCCAUCUCCUCCGGAAAUGCCUCCCCGUCUGGCUAUGAUUUCUCAUGUCGACUCUGACGGCCCUCUCGCCCGGAGAUUGUGGAAUAAGUGCCGUCGAGAGUCGAUACUCUCGAUGUACACCCCUUUCUGCGUUUGUCUCGCUUCUGGGGCUCUCAAUAUCGAUACAUUUCGCCACUAUAUCGACCAGGAUGUUCAUUUUCUCAAGGCGUUUGGUCGAGCGUAUGAAUUAGCUGCAGAAUGUGCUGACGAUGAUGAUGCAAAACAUUCAAUCAAUGAGCUGAGAAAGGCAGUGUCUGUAGAACUGAAAAUGCAUGCUUCGUUUGUUAAGGAAUGGGCUGCUGAAGAUGGAAAAGAAUCUCCUGUGAACCCUGCUACAGUUAAAUACACUGAUUUUUUGUUGGCAACGGCAUCUGGCAAGAUUGAAGGAGCCAAAGCUCUUGGUAAUCUUGCAACCCCAUUUGAACGAACAAAGCUUGCUGCUUAUACUCUUGGUGCCAUGACACCCUGCAUGAGGCUGUACGCCUAUUUAGCCACAGAGUUUAAGGGAGCUCUUCGUGCUGACCAUGGUGAUCACCCCUACAAGACGUGGAUCGAAAAUUACUCAUCUAAAGGUUUUGAGGCAGCAGCUGAGAGAACUGAAGACGUGCUUGAGAAACUUUCAGCAACUUUGACCGGUGAAGAGCUUGACACCAUUGAGAAGCUCUAUCACCAAGCUAUGAAACUCGAGCAAGAAUUUUUCUGCUCUCAGCCUAUUUCCCAGAGGACAGUAGUUCCUUUGAUUAAAGAUCACAAUCCUGCAGAAGAUCGUUUGGUACUGUUUUCUGAUUUUGAUUUGACAUGCACCGUUGUCGAUUCUUCUGCCAUUCUGGCAGAAAUUGCAAUUGUAAGAGCUCCAAAACCUGAUCAGAUUCAACCUGAAGACCAAGUCAUUACCAGGAUGUCAUCAGCCGACCUCAGAAACACAUGGGGUGUUAUUUCCAGGCAGUAUACAGAAGAGUAUGAGGAUUGCAUCGACAAAAUCCUGCCCCCUAAAACUGAGGAAUUUAAGUUUGAAGAUCUGUGUACAGCACUUGAGCAACUCUCUGAUUUUGAGAAAAGGGCAAAUAAUAGAGUCAUCGAGUCUGGAGUACUUAAGGGAUUAAAUUUUGAAGAUAUAAGACGAGCUGGUGAACAUCUUAUUAUUCAAGAUGGUUGUUUUAAUUUCUUUGGAACCGCUUGUAAGAGUGAAAAUUUGAAUGUUGGUCUCCACAUACUGUCUUAUUGUUGGUGCGCGGAUCUCAUUAGGUCAUCUUUUAAUUCAGGUGGUUUAUUAACUCAAGCGACUAUACAUGCGAAUGAGUUUGCCUUUGAAGAAGCAGUUUCAACGGGUGAUUUAGUUAGGAAGAUAGAAUCUCCCCUUGAUAAACUGAAUGCUUUCCGAAAAAUCUUGGAGAACUAUGGCAAUGAUAAAAAGAACCUCACGGUGUACGUUGGAGACUCUAUUGGUGACUUGCUUUGCCUACUCGAAGCAGAUAUAGGAAUUGUUAUUGGCUCAAGUGCCAGUCUAAGGAGAUUGGCAACUCGAUUUGGAGUUUCUUUUGUUCCGUUGUACCCCAGCGUGGUAAGAAAACAGAAAGAACUUACCGAAGAGACACGACGCAGUUGGAAAGGAUUGUCUGGUGUCCUUUACACGGUCAAUUCUUGGGCUGAAAUCCAUGCUUUUGUUCUUGGAUGCUAGAACCAGGCUUUUUUUUUGUGGUUCUCAUUCAUCUCAACUCGUUUGGUUUUUUGAUAUUACCGAGUCGUUUCUGCAUCAUCGAUUGUAAAGAAGAUACAAGUUGAUGGCGAAUUUUAUAGGGCCAACAACAACGGUUUUGCUGUCGUCCGUCCGUCCGUCCUGGCAUUAAUUGUGAUAUGUUGUACUUGGCAACAAUUUCUGUAUACUUUUGGUUAUUUUGUGAAGGAAAGAUGGAUGAAGAGCAAUUAUUUGAAACAAAAAGUUGUUCAUAUAAAACAUUUGAAGCUUUUACUGUGUAUCCAUUGAUUGAUAAUAGAUAGAUAAGGUGCUGUUCUAUACCUUGGGAUGAAUGGCAGUUUACAAUUGUAAUUUCUCCAUGUUCAAAGUUGCCCCUCCUAUUAUGAAUGCAAAAGCACUAUACUUUUGUUGUUGAUGCCUA